AUGGAUUUUUACACAGCGUUCUUUUCACUGGCCGGGCUAUAUGUGGCUAUUGUUUUUACUGUUGUAUUUUAUCUUGUAUUCAAUGAGUGGACAAGAUAUCAGGCACGACUGAAAGGUCUCAAGGGCCCUCGUGGAUUCCCCGUGAUUGGUAACCUCUAUCAGGUGCAUAACAUUCCAGCGGCUGAGAAGUACAGACAGUGGGUGAAAGAGUAUGGUGAUGUCUACCAAAUUCAGCUCGGGAAUACCCCGAUUGUGAUUAUUAAUUCUGCCGCUGCGGCUAAGGAUCUACUUCUCGCUCAAACUUCUGCCUUGAAUUCGAGACCUGUUUUUCACGUCUUCCACAAGAUAAUAUCCAAGAGUGUGCUGUCAAUUGGGACUUCGCCAUGGGAUGACAGCUGCAAGAGACGAAGAAAAGCGGCAGCAACCGCUUUGAAUCGUGCCAAGACUGCCGAUUAUCUCCCAAUUGUGAAACUGGAAACUACUGAGUUUAUUAGAGAUCUUUGGAGAGUCGGCAAGAGUGGGCAACUCGCAGUUGAUCCUACACCGAUCACACAUCGGUUGUCAUUGAAUCUCAGUCUCACCUUGAAUUAUGGAUUCAGAGCCGAGUCGGCUAAAGCUCUAGAGACCUCUCCAUUACUGUUGGAGAUAAUGCACAUCGAGACAGAGAUUGGUAAAUUGAGAAGUACCGGAAGUAAUUAUAGCAACUAUAUCCCUGCUUUAAGAGCGUGGGACUAUCUGAAAGAGAGCUUCGGAUCCGGCAAAGGCAAUGCCUACGCGAAGGAAAUUGGAAGAAGACGUCUUGAAUAUAAUAAAGUUUUGCUCGAUAACCUUAAGGAAAAAAUAGAGAAUGGGAAUGACAAGCCGUGUAUCCAAGGCAAUGUCUUGAAAGACCCCGAAGCCAGCAACCUGACUGAGGAGGAGCUACUAAGCAUCAGUCUCAGCAUGAUGGCGGGCGCAGAAACAACAACCCCAACCAUUGGCUGGGGGAUUCUACUACUUUCGCAACGGCCAGAUCUGCAGGAAAAGAUUUAUCAAGCUAUCAGGGACUCUGGUAUUACUGAGCAUGAUCCUUUUAGUUCUGCCGAAGUUCCAUACUUGAAAGCAUUUACAAAAGAGGUCCAUCGAUACUACACGCCUCUGCGACUAGCCUUACCAAAAGCAACCUCCGGCGACGCGGUAUGGGAAGGGCAUUUGAUUCCCAAGAACACAAUGGUCUUCCUUAACUCCUGGAGCUGCAACAGAGAUCCCGCCGUUUUCGAGAACGCCUUUGACUUUAUCCCAGAACGAUGGCUUGAGAAGGAAACGACAGGAAUCUCUCACUACUCUUUCGGCUAUGGAGGUCGAAUGUGCGUCGCCUCUCACGUUGCAAAUAAAGCCGUCUAUAUGGCAUUUUUGCAUUUGGUCCUAACAUAUGAGAUUCUCCCCGAGGAAGAAUCGCUUGCCGACAUCGACCCUAUUCAAGGAAUCGAAGAUGUCAAACAUACAAGAGCAGCACCAAAGAACUCGAAAGUUUACUUUGUGCCCCGAAAUGAGAAGCAUCUGGCGGAGUAUCUCGAGGAGUAA